UCGGGUUUAGAGUACAAUUCCGAUGAGAACAGGUGAAUGUUUUCGCAAUAAUUAGAGUGACUGUGUGUAGUUAUCGGUUCGAAAAAAAAUUUUGUAUAAGCGCCCGUUUUUGUCUUACGUGGUGUUCGAUCAUGGACUGGGUGAUGGUGAGUCGCUACCUUUUCGUGUUGGGAUGCCUUGCACUGGCUCACUCGAACGCCCAAUCCGAGCUGUGCAACAAGUGCAAGUGCAAAAACUCGGCGAAGAGAAUUGACGUCGAUUGUUCCGAAAUUGCGUUAGAUGCCAAGGUGUUGUACCAGAAUCGGAGUUGGCUGGACGAGAAGAACCAUUCGAUACCAUAUGCCAGGGUUUUGCUUAAGGGCGCUCAAGUAGGCGACCUUCUUACGCCCUUUCCCCCUUCAAACUUGAGCUACUUGGAUUUGAGCCGUAAUGGGAUUAACAAGAUCAAAGUCGAGUGCUUUGCAGAGUUGCAAAACAUGGAGACGCUGAUUUUGAGCGACAAUAAUCUGAACGUUCUGAAACCGGGGGUCCUGAAGGGUAAACGCAUGGACGGAGAAGAUUACCCCCUAAGAUCGUUGAAGACCUUGAAGCUUGACAUGAAUGACCUACACACUUUGGACCAAGACUUAUUCAUGCACGUCGAGGAGAUUUUGGAAGUGCUGGACUUGAGCUACAACCCCUUCAAGGUGUUUGACUUGCAAACGACUGUCGCAAUCGGCGGCAUCAUCUACCUGAAGGAGCUGUACCUUCGUUUCACCCACGUCAAGCAGCUACCCGAUCACUUUCUGCACACGCCCAGACACUUGAAGCUGCUCGAUCUCUCCGGAAACGACUUUACCGAGAUUCCCCAGGGGUUAGCGGACGCCCAGGUGCUAGAGACUCUCUAUUUCAACAACAACCCCAUCGUGAACAUCACAACGGACAGCGCAUUCCCGAACAUCUCAACACUGAAAGUCCUCCACUUGUGCUACAACAUCGAGUUGGAGAGCAUCGGUGCCAGAGCUCUCAGCAACCUCGAGCACCUGGUCGAGCUGCACAUUUGCAACAACAUCAAGCUGAGCCACAUCGACCCGGCGGCGUUGAGCCGAGUCGAAGUCGAGACGGAACUAUGGCCGCCCCUCAAGAAGCUCUACCUGGAGGACAACAAGCUGGCAAGUCUGGACUCCCACCUCGUCCUCCACUGGGAUCACCUCGAUCAGCUCGACCUCCGCUACAACCCGUGGACGUGCGAGUGCGAGAACCAGUGGAUCGUCGACACUCUAAUGCCAAUCUACGUCAAAAUCAACGAGACGAUCGCCAAGGAGAUGAAGUGCGGCGCGCCGAUCGAGAUGGUGGACCACACCUUCUACAAGGAGCACAUGGGGAACAAGUCGAUGAGGUGCCUGGAUCGGUACGGGAAUCGACCGGAGAGGGACGGCACGAUUUUGAUCGGUGUCCUUAUCGGACUCCUGCUCGGGAUACCGCUCGUGCUUUUCUUUAUCUUCGCGUACCAGCGGAAGUGGUUCGGGUUCUUCGAUAGCGGCCCGGCGGCCUACUCGAGACAGUUCUAUCGAAGGACGAGGGCGGACGAGAUCUAGUUUUAGUUUUUGUUGCUUUUAAUUUUAGGAAUGUUUCUAAUUUUAGGUUGGUAACAUAAUAAAGUCACCGAUGCGCUGUU